AUGCAUCACCGUCCGUUCAAACCGCCGUCGUUCAUCAACAGGCCCGUCACAGCACCGACUUCGAUCGAGGACGAGCGCAGACGACUUGCGCGGCUGGCUGCCGAGCGACGCGCAAAGGCCGCUGCUGCUAUUGCUGCUGUUACAUCAUCUUUGAGUUUAGGGUCGAGUGGUGCUGGUGACGAGGUAGAGGAGGGAGAAGGGAAGGAGAAUUUGGCUGUGAAGAGAAGGAAGAAGGAAGAGAGCGAUGAUGAUGAUGAUGACUGUACUGUUCUUUCGCCUGCGACAACGAGGAAAUUAGUGAAUUCCCAAGCGCAGAAAUUCAGCGUUCCAGCGUUUAUCCCGACCGCUCGCGACAACGCUCAGAGCUCAGACAAUGCAGUCCAGCCAACGACCAGCCUCGGAUCCAGUAAACCGCGGUAUUUCAAGGCUCUGUGGCGGAAGCAGACCACGCGUAAAAACAAGACGUGGGACGGAGACGGCGUGUUGAGGCUUACGCAAACAUUGUGUACUCUGCAGGAUGAUUCCGGGAAAACACUAGGAAAGAUCCGGUGUAACCCAGCGACAGUAUUCGACACUGGGAUCCUGAAGUUUGGAAGCUAUGAAGCUGAGGCAGAAGACCAGAUCCUCGAACGCGAGGUUCUUUCCGGUCGCGCGUUUUCGUCGCGCGCGAUCGAGAUCAUCGACGACGACGAGGAGAGUACUCCGGCACCCUCUUCCAAGCCUGAAUCCACAGCCUUCAAACGUCUCGUGCCAACCGCACAGUUCAACCCUCCCGCAUCCAGCUCUACUCAAGCAGCUCUAACGUCUAGACCUACCGGCACCCCUCGCCACGACCCUAGCCGACCUAACGCGCUGGUGAUGCCGCGUCCGCGAACAAAGUCAACUCUAGCUCAGAUCGUCGACGUCGUAGUGGACCCGCACAUCUCGCAAUACCUGCGCGCGCACCAACGCGAAGGCGUCACAUUCCUCUACGAAUGCGUGAUGGGCAUGCGACCGUCCGGCCUCGGCGCGCUUCUGGCCGACGAAAUGGGCCUCGGAAAAACGCUGAUGACGAUCGCGCUGAUCUGGACGCUGCUGAAGCAGAACCCUGCCGCGGGCGAGGUCGGCGGGAUCGCGCGCAAGGUGAUGAUUGUCUGUCCGGUGACGUUGAUUGGGAAUUGGAAGCGCGAGUUUCGAAAAUGGCUUGGUCGUGAGCGCGUCGCGAUCUUCACGCUCGACGACAAGUCCAAGAAAAACGUGCGCGAUUUCGCCCGCGGACGAGUGUACCAGGUUUUGCUGAUCGGGUACGAGCGGUUACAAAAGAUCCAGGCCGAGUUGAAAGGCGUCAAGUUUGAUCUGAUGGUGUGCGACGAGGGCCAUCGGUUGAAGAGCUGGACGAAUAAGACUGCGCAGGCGUUGCGGAGCGUGAAUUGUUUGCGGAGGAUUUUGCUGACGGGAACGCCUAUCCAGAACGAUCUGGGGGAGUUUUACUCGAUGAUUGAUUUUGUGAAUCCGGGGUUGUUUGAGAACUAUAAUGCGUUCAAGAAGGAAUUUGAGAUUCCAAUCUUAAAGUCACGACAGCCAGAAGCUCGAAAGACUGAUAUUGAGAUCGGAAAAGCUCGGUCGGAGGAGCUCUCGAGACUAACGAAAACAUUCGUGCUUCGACGAACCGCCGAUAUUCUUUCGAAAUACUUGCCCCCGAAACACGAGUUUGUGAUAUUCUGCAAACCAACCGCGACACAGCUAGACAUCUACACGCAACUUCUCGAAUCAAAACACAUGAAAUCACUGAUCCGAUCCGACGACGCUUCGAAUCAUCUACGCGCCAUCACUGCGCUUAAAAAACUGUGUAAUAGCACGUCGUUGCUGCUCAGCAAGAGUGGUAGUAGCGGCAAAAAAGGUGCUGAAGAUGGGGACGAUGAUAUCGGGAUCGUCAGCUCGUUUUUGGACGAUAUCGAUCUCAGCCGGGCGCGAAGCAGUGCGUCAACAGGAAGCGGCAAAUUAGUCUUCCUCGACGCGUUUCUGCAGCAGCUCUACGCCAAGCACGACGAGAAAGUCGUGCUAGUGUCUAGUUUUACGCAGACGUUGGACGUGUUGCAGGAUUUAUUGCGAAGCCGAGGGUUUUCGUUCUUGCGACUUGAUGGGUCGACGCCGAUGAAGAAACGGCAGCCGAUGGUGGACGCGUUUAAUCGCGAGGGGAAGAAGGAGAGUUUUGCAUUUUUGCUUAGCGCAAAGAGUGGAGGGGCGGGCAUCAAUUUGAUUGGAGCUUCUAGGUUGGUACUGUUCGACACAGACUGGAAUCCGUCUGUAGAUCUACAAGCGAUGGCGCGAAUCCACCGCGACGGACAAACGAUGCCGGUGCAUAUCUACAGACUGCUCACGACAGGCUGCAUCGAUGAAAAAAUCUACCAACGGCAGCUGACGAAGCAGGGUCUGGCGGAUAACCUGAUGGACGGCAAGUCCGGCUCGGCCGAGAACUCGUUCACGAUGACCGAGCUACGGGAUAUCUUUAAGCUCCACGUGGAUACUACGUGCCACACGCACGAUUUGCUAGAGUGCAAAUGCGACGGAGCAGGCACGGACGUGCGACAAAUCAAGACCGAGGUUAUCGUUGACGACGAGAGUCUGUCGGACGACGAAGACUCUGAUCCAGGCUGGAUGUCGGCGUCGCAGUUGAUGCAGGGCAAAUCCGCGCUCCCGAAACGACUGCAGUCGCAAGGCAGAUUGAAAGCAUUACUAGACUAUACACACAUCGAGCCUCGGAAGCUGAUGACAUUCCGCGACAGCAGCGAGCUCUCGGUGAUUGGCGACGACGUUCUCCAGGACGUUCUCGCAGAGGGCGAUGUUGUGUCGUUUGUGUUUAGAAAGAUCGCGGCGGUGGAGGUUAACGACGACCAGGCGAUAGAGAUUACAGACAGCAGCGGGAGCGAUGAGAGCGAUAGUGAGGAUGAGUAG